AUGGCUGGUGACCGAGCUCGUCGUCAGAACCGAUCUUGCGAUCAUUGUCGAGCCUCUAAGCGCCGUUGUUUGGUGUCUUCUCCAAGGCCUGACAAUACUCCAGUAAUCUGCGCCAACUGUGCCCGAUUGGGCCAUGAAUGUACUUUCAAAUUUGUCCAGGCCCAGUCAGCCAGGUUAUCCAAAAAGACAAGUGCACAGAAAACCGUUUCCAGCGACAAUGGAAACUGGUUCUUGGGUCCAAGCAUCGAAAAUGACCCCAUCGUUCCGGGAAAUAUAUUGGAAGUAGGGAACGACUUGCCUGACCUCUGGCCAAAAGCAACAUUGGACCAUGAGUUCGACGUCUUUCUAGGCGCAAUGGGCUUUACCCCUGCGGCUGAUAACCCACAGGUAAAUCCCCUCAGUAGCCAUGACUUCCAUAUGGAGGUGGACAGCACCCCGGACAAGCCUCUCUCGACUGCUGGCCGGAUCCUGGACAACAUCAGCACUACCUCCUCGCAGGGUGCGUUGGGGCGGCCCUUGCUUCUUCUCAACUCCUCUUUGACGAGUGGAAUCAUCGAAGAAAGCCUCGUGCAUAUCUAUAAUGUUGUCAUUUCAGGGAACUCUUCGAGAUGGAUGACGAGUGCGAUCACGGGAAAACCUCCUGAGGAUGCGCCGGGAAAUGACUUGUGGUUGAUCACCACGUCAGAUUCGGCACGAUCAAGCAACUUAGUCGACGGGGUGUUGGAUCCCCAGUUUCUCUCUGGUCCGGCUUCUUCUGACAGCGCGUGGCGGGUAUCCAGCCGUGUACCAGAUGCCGAAGCGACUAACGGGAUGACGCUGCUUGGUGCCGUGCGCUUUCUCGACCAUUUUGGUGGACUCUAUGGCAAUCGGCUCGACCGGUUUGAAAGAAAUACCGCAGACACCGCACUCAAGGACGUCCUCAAGGUCUUCACGAUGCAAUGGCUUUCGGCCAGGGAUGGAAUGUCAGAUGAACCCCCGGGCGCAUCUUCAUCUGAGACUGAGAAGAGAACCCCGUCCACCUCAGCCAUGUCUACACUUUACCACGAAUCUUGGCUCCAGGCCAGAGCCGCUCUCGGCAAAGCUCGAAACGUUCGAAGCUUUCGGGUUUUCUAUGCAACAAUUCUUUUCGAGGCGACCACAGCCGCAGAAGACUCGUACACCUGGGAUCAACAGAAAUCCUCAUUUCUUGAUGAUGCAUUCAACAUCCUUCAUACUCUUUCUCCCCUUCUCAGGAAACACACCAAGACCCUGGGGCCUUGUUCGCGCUACAGCAAGGCGUUGGAAAAAAGCCUCCAAUUCAUGGAAUUUUUUGGGUAUUUACGAGAUACCGUAAGCUCACUGACUGGCGAUCGUCGUUGCAAGUUACCAGAUGACUUCAUAGCAGAGACGUCACGACCCUCAAUGGAUGACACGGAAAGCACUUUGGUAGCGGUGGAUGGUUGUGCAUUUAAGCAACAGGACUUCCUUGAACUUCUUUCUACGUUGAGACAGCUGAUGCGGAUGAAGCGGACGCUGAUCGAUAUUAACUCGUCGGCCUGCGGGCCUGCGGAGGAGCUCUAUCGUCUACUCACACCAGCAAUCGAGGCCAUGGAGAGCAUGGACAAGAUAAUGAAACCUCUGAGCGACAUUCCUCCCGAGCGAUUUGACACGUUGGCAGCAGAGUCCAAGGUCCAGAUUCUUACCUUGGGUGCUUUAUGGACUCUCGGGCUUUCAUCUUUCACCGAGGUUGCCAACUUAAAGUCCAAAGUCGGCACGCAUCUAAUAUCGACCGACCUGUUUCGCAAGCUGUAUUCUUGCCAGUCGACUGGUAUCUUGCGCUUAAGCCAACUUAUGCGACGGCUCCAGUGCCAGCCAACCCUCGAAAUGUUCAAUCUAUACCACGGUCUGAGUGCCGACAUCCCGCUGACCGGAUAUCACUUCAGCAUCGAAUUGAUGGUGGCUGCAUUACGCCAAUCAAUUGAACGGCAGAUAAAUCUUCACAGCAAUAACUCAGCAGAUUUUGUAGGCUUUGGCCUCAGUCUGAUAGCGGAGGACCAAUGGAGAGACUCUGUCGACUCUCUAAUGAAAGGCCUGCUCAUGCUUGAUGUCACGGUAGGCGGAUCCCGGGCGGUACAAGCAGCAUCCGAGAAAUUGGUCCACUCCUACGGCGAUGUCUUGUCCGACUGCUGGUCGACAGACUUCGACACCUAG